AGUUCAGUUUCUCCGAGUUUCCAGUCUCCACCAGCACCGGAUCUCAAGGGGAGCCAACGAAGCAUUCAAUUCAAAUUCAACAUUCAAUUUCUUUCAAAACGUAUCAGUGCGGUAUGGGAGCCUCGUGCCAUGAAAUGGUUAACAACUCCUUGAGGAGAGGAGAAGGGCAUCCAAAUUGUCUCCUUGCUAAGAAGAAAAAGUCGCAAAUUUCAACUUCCCAUUCAUAAUUAUAGUGGGAUUUGGUUCCGAAAGGGAAAUUGAGCAAAAUUUCAAGCCUCGACUCUUGACGAGAUAAGGAAAUGGAGUGGUAACAAGUGUGUGGAAAUGGUGUCAAAAUUCAAGUGCAAUCAAAACACAACGAGGCUAUUUACUUUCUCUGAAGAUUACAAUUACUUACCAACUUGCUGUACAAGAGGACGAGUGUGUGCUGGAGAUGUUUGCCCCAAGUUUGCUGUUGAGUUGUCUUUUUCUUGCACAUUCGUGUGAGACGAGGAAAGCAGGCUUCUUUUAGAGGUGCCCGAGGAGGGGAAAAGGGAGAGUGGAUUUCCGUAAUAGGUCUACAAUCACUAAUUCCGUAGUGAUUCCUGACUCUCCAACCAGGCUAACGAAGCGGAUACUAAUGAGGCUUGUUUGUGGAGAAAGUAAAAUUCCCUCGCCCUGUCACUGCCCUGGAAUUCUUCUCCUGGGCCUCGCAUUACAAUGCAGUGUACUGAUGACCGUAGGCAUUCGGCUGGAGAACGUGACCGUGCCAUCGGUAGCCAUAAUCGGGCAGUCCGUUGGUCUGGAAUGUCAAUACCGGUUGGAGGACGACAAGCUUUACUCGUUGAAGUGGUACAAAAAUGAUCAAGAGUUUUUCAGAUAUUCUCCAAACAGUCGACCAAACAUUGUUACUUUCCAAACUCAUGGCGUCCAAGUUGACAACCAAGAACUUCACAACCACCCCAACCGGGUUACUCUUCGGAGUCUGAGCUUGAAUUCGAGUGGAUUAUUUCGGUGCGAGGUAGUCUCAGAAUCUCCCGUUUUCCAAACUGUAUUCAAAGAGAGGAAACUGAACGUCAUAAUUCCACCAAAUCCGGGUAAUCCGCAUCUAUCAAAAUUCUCACCCACGAUCCACAUGUAUGAAAUUCUUACGGGUAACUGCACGUCCUAUAAAAGUUAUCCAGCCGCAAAUCUCACUUUCUACAUCAACGAGAGAAAGUGGGGCAGCCCAAAUGUGACCGAGUACGAGUCAGUGAAGGAGAUCGACCGGGAGGGAAAGGAGGUUUGGACAUCCGUAAUCGGUCUCCGCGUACGCGUGGAUAACAACUUUUUCAAUAAAGGGGCCAUUCGAAUUAAAUGCAAGGCUUCCAUCCUCGGUCGCGAAUGGAUUACCAGCAAGAAUAUUACUCAUCAGAACAAGAAUUACCAGCACCCACUCUACUCCUCCGCACGAAAUCAGUACUCCUCCGCGUCAAGAAUCAGAUGGUGCCACAGUUCCAGUUGGACUUUCCCUCUUUUCUCCAUUUCUGCAAUUUUCUCUAGUCUUUACAUUCUUUAUUUUACGAGCCAUAUCUUUAACCCUACAUUGUGAAGAAAUUUUUUACAGCUCAAUCAACCCGUGCAUCGCUAUAAUGCCAUUUAAUAACUAUGUUUAUAUCAUGCACGUAGACAAAACGCGAAAAUAUAUAACUAUUGUUGCACUUUUUUCGUCUAAAUACAUUUGAAUAAAGUUAAAAAUGGAUAAAACACUCAAA